AUGUCCGAAUGGGACCGAAAGACCGAAGAAUGGAUACCAGCCAGAGAGAUCGAGGCCAGAAAUGCCCGUCUCAAAGCACAGCAUACCUCCGGCGUUCCAGAGUCACCAAACUCGCAUGAAGAGGAUGACAACGAAGAUGACAAUGACGACCUGUUCGAUGCCGACGGCAUGCCCACGAAGCGGAGAAGAACAAACCUCGGUCCGCCAGAAAGAGUUUUGGAAAUCAAGAAAUGGACACCCAUUGAUCCAGCCAUUGCCGAAACUCUACCCGAACCAAAAUACCUUGCUGAUCGUCGACCUGGCAUGGAAAGCCUCUACGGAGGAGCAUACAAAGCCACAAAUGGUUUUGGAACGUUGGGAAUCAACGCUGGCAUCAUGUCGGCUGCUGUCGGCUUUGACUUGGGAGACGGCUCAGGCUUAGGAAAUGCUUCAGGCGUACUAGGCUCUACAAGCACGGCACCUGAACCUGCACCUGCCCCCGUCCGACGGAACAUGCCUCCGAGGCGCAAGAAGAAGAAGCUCGGCGGUCCAGGACGAAGAAAGGCCAAUCCGACACCUGCUGGAGAGAACAACCCUGCCAUAGCAACAGGAGAUAUCACGAUGACUCAUACAUCUGAGGGAGACAACACUCAGUCGGCUACACACACUGGUGAAACAGACACACAUUCACAAGGGGAAGCGGAUGGAUCAGGAAGCGAGAGCGAAGGCGAGGGCAGCGAGGAAGGCGAAAUUGAGGAUGCUGCAAAAGCACAUUCUGAUGCCACCGCACACACUGCAGAUCUGCAAGCAGACAUUCAAGCAGCACAAACCGGAACUACAGGCACUGCAGCACACUCAGAUGUUACGGCACCAAGCACAGCAGACACCGAGAUGCACGAGGCCACAUCUGCUGAUUUAUCUUCAACUCUCGAAACCAGUCAAGCACCGACCGCUAGACAACAAGCGGCGGAGGAUGUGGCGAUGUCUGAGUACACUCACAUCAAACCACAGCCAGACUCAGCAGAGCCCUCGACAGUCAACGCUGCAGAAACAGAGACCGCAUUUUCGGGUCUAACUGUCUCGGAUGUAGUUCAAGCAGAUGCAAAUGCAAAUGCAAACGCACCAAACAAUCCAGCAACGACUGUUGAACCUCAACUUGAACCCGAACUUGAGGCACCAGCACUGGACCAGAAUCCGCAGGCCACAGCGGUUGCACAAUCUACCAGCAAUGGAGAAGCACCAACUCUCGAACAGAACCCGCAGGCCACAGCGGUUAGCGAACCAACCACUGAAGACGUCAAAACUGAAGACGAGGUUGCCGCCACGUUCGAACAGGUCGAUGAGCAGACAACAGCUCAAGACCAGAAUCAAACCGAACCCACUGAGUCAGUCAUAGUCACAGGCACAGAUACUGAUAUGAACGAUGCUCAGCCCACGGGUCCGGCACAGCCAGAGCAGGAAGCAGCACAAGCUCCAGCACCAACACCAAUGCAGGUUCAGACGCAACCAGGCGAAGAACAAGAGCACCCACAGCAAGAUGCUGAUGCUGAUGCUGCACCAGAGCAAGCACAGGAUACUGCUGGAGAGGUUGAUCUGCUUGGGGGUUUGGAAGCUGCUGUCGAGAAGGAGCACAGAGCGUUGUAG